GGGGCCUAGCUAUCAUCUGCUACCCUGCUGCUAGUGCUACUAUUCUUGCCCGCCCGAUUGCUACUUGCAACGCAUCUUAUUUGACUUAAUUAGCUUGCUUCUGUUUUCUUCCUUUCUUUCUCAUUAUAUACAAUAUAUAUUUUCUCUGGAAUAUCAGUGUCUCCGUGUGUAUGUGUUCCUCUCGAUGAUGAUGCUUGUCGUCUGGGCUGCUGGUCGAUGAGCUAGCUAGUAUCAGUAGCUAGCUAGCGCCAUGGAUCACUGCUGUCCGGCCGGUGGUCUCUGCUGCUGCUGCUGAGCACUAACUACCUCUCCCACUUCUUGUAGCUAUGUCAGGAAAGAUUUAUCUGGUCGGCCGAGCGCUCCUUCUCUGAAACACUGAAGAAGCUCCAGCUAGCUGCCUGACAACAGCCACUUUGCACGACAACACAAAACCAAGAGAAGCUAGAGGCCGAUCGACCGAGACGAUGGCGCACGAUCCCAGUCUGGGCUUCGCGGACUACUUCUCGGCAGCGGCGGCGGCUGGCGCCACGGCGAUGGACGACGACGACGUCGGGGCGCCGGAGCUCUAUGGCUUGCACGCCGACAUGGAGUUCCUCGGCAUGCGUGGCCUGGCCGCCAUGCCCGCCGCGGCCCACCACCACCACCACCACGGCCACGGCCACAGCAAGGCCGGUGUGCUCGUCGACGACGACGCGGGGCCAGACGGCAGCGGCUCCAACACGGACGACGCCACCAUGCGAUUCCUGAGCGAGCAGCAGCAUCAUCCGAGUCACCAGCAGGCGCCGCUGUCGCUAUCGCUGUGCCGGCCGGACGGUGGUGGCGUGGGCGUGACGACGUCGUUGCACGAGCAACAACAACAACUCGGCGGCGGCUCGUCCCGGCACCAUCAGCAGCAGCAUCCGGCGCCGCCCGCGGCGUGGAUGCAGCAGCACGACUACUCGCCGCAGCCGCAGCACGCGUGGCACCUGCGCGGCUCCAGGUUCCUCGUCCCCGCGCAGCAGGUCCUGCAGGAGUUCUGCAGCCUCCCCGUGGACAGCAGCAGCGCCGCCGCUUCCAGCAAGCGCGCCUCCAAGCCGUCCUCGCACCAGCAGCAAGAAGACGGCGGAGAGGGGUCGUCGUCGUCGGCCUCCUGGGCGCCGUCGCUGCAGAUCCAGGCCAUGGACGCGCUGGAGCUGCAGCGGCUCAAGGACAAGCUCUACAUCAUGCUGGAAGAGGUGGACCGGAGAUACCGGCGGUACUGCGAGCAGAUGCGUGCGCUGGCGGGCGGGUUCGAGGCGGUGGCCGGGGAGCGCGCGGCGGCGGCGUACACGGCGCUGGCGUCGCGCACCAUCUCGCGGCACUUCCGGAGCCUCCGUGACGGCGUGGUGGCGCAGCUGCAGGCGGCGCGGAGGGCGCUCGGGGAGAAGGACGUGGCGGUGCCCGGGAUGACGCGCGGGGACACGCCACGGCUGAGGGUGCUGGACCAGUGCAUCCGCCAGCAGAAGGCGCUCACCCAGGCCGGCAUGGUGGAGGCCCACCCGUGGCGACCCCAGCGCGGACUCCCUGAGCGCGCAGUCACCAUCCUCCGGGCAUGGCUCUUCGAGCACUUCCUGCACCCGUAUCCAAGCGACGUGGACAAGCAUAUCCUGGCUCGCCAGACGGGCCUCUCACGGAGCCAGGUGUCCAACUGGUUCAUCAAUGCGCGGGUCAGGCUCUGGAAGCCAAUGGUGGAGGAGAUGUACGUCGAGGAGAUGAAGGCUGAAGGCCAGCUGGAAGACGGCGGCGGCGGGGACCAGCAGCAGGGCCAGGGCGUCAGCAACAACCCUAACCCUAGCAACGCCGCCGCCGAGGCGGCUGAUGAUGGCUGCGGGGACAACGGCGCCGUCGUCGUCGACCGGAAGCCGACGCGGGCGCAGCUCCUGCACGACGCGGGCUCGCUCGCCUCCGUCGUCAACAUCGGCAGCGGCUCACGCGCGGGCGCCGCAGCGCGGCCGCUCGAGAACUUCGGCAUCGUGGACCACCUCGACUUCGACGCGUACGGCGGCGGCCACCACGCCGGCGGGGGCUUCGGCGGCGGCGUGUCGCUCACGCUGGGCCUGCAGCAGCACGACUCCCACGACGGCGGCGUCAACAUCGCGUUCGGCGCGCCGCCGACGCCCGCACACCACCACGGCGGCGCCGCGGGGUACCUGUUCGCUCCGACGACGACGGCCGGCCAUCAGAUGGGCGGCGGCCUGCACCCGGGGCAGCAACACCACGUCCAGUUCGGCGGCGCCAGCAUCGACGGCGAGGCGGCGCACGGGCAGGAGCAUUACCGGGGCCUUCAGGGCGCCGGGUUUCACCUCCUGCGUGACCUGGCCGGGUGAUCCGAUAGAUCCACCACCCGUCGGCCGCGAGCUCUAGCUGCGAGUGAGUUGUGACCGAUGGGGACGUCGUGCCGGCGCCUAGCUAGCUACGGGUACCGCUGCUGCCGGAUGCAUGGCAUGCACUUGCGCGCGCGCGCGCCCAUCGGCCAGCAAACGCUGUGUACGCACCUGAUUUGUUUGGCUUGUUGCUUGCCUGGCUCAGCAUGCACGCCGCUCUCGGUCUCGAACGCCACCGCCGCUCGUCGUCGCCGCCGGCGUGCAGUUUGGCCGGCGCUAGCUACCUGCCGGAGUUAUAUACUAUAUGUAUUAUGUAGCGUGUGUACAGAUCGAUCGGAUUUUGGAUCGCGAGCAGUUUGGACGCGCGCAGGUGCACCUAGAGUAGUAGCCCGCCGGAACUGCGUAGUUGAAACACGCAUGCAUGCAGCUUAAUUGCAUUGUUUGUCAAAUUGGUGAAGGAUUCAACAGCUCAAUUUAUGCCAGGCGAUAUGAUGUUCCUGGCUGAUUUGUCAGCAGGUCAUGGCCAUGUUUUCAUCCA